CGUCGCCGCCUGCCGCCGCCGCCGAGGUGGCCGCGGGCGCGGGAGGCGAGGCGGAGGGCCGGGCCGGGCCGGGAUGGGAGUGCGCGCGGCGCAGAGCUGAGGAGGGCGAGCCUGCGGGUCCCCGGGAGCCGCGCGGUUCCCUCGCCGCCGCGAUGAUCCCUCCGAGCGGCGCCCGCGAGGACGGCGUGGACGGGCAGCCGCCCUCCCCUGCGUCCACCGGCAGCCAGGAGUCCAAGCUCCAGAAACUAAAACGAUCACUUUCUUUCAAGACCAAGAGUUUACGGAGCAAAAGUGCUGACAACUUCUUCCAGCCAGCCAACAGCGAUGGAAAGCUGCCCUCAUUGGCUGAGUCCCCUGGGAGCCCGGCACCCACACCCACCAAGGCUGGCCCUCACCCCGGUGGCAAGGCCCAUGCCUUUCAGGAGUACAUCUUCAAGAAGCCCACUUUCUGUGACGUCUGCAACCACAUGAUUGUGGGAGCAAAUGCUAAGCAUGGACUGCGCUGCAAGGCCUGUAAGAUGAGCAUCCAUCACAAGUGUGCGGACGGCCUGGCGCCCCAGCGGUGCGUGGGCAAGCUGCCAAAGGGGUUCCGGCGUUACUACAGCUCCCCCUUGCUCAUACAUGAACAGUUUGGAUGCAUUAAGGAAGUUAUGCCCAUUGCCUGUGGCAGUAAGGUGGACCCAGUCUAUGAGACCCUGCGCUUCGGCACUUCCCUGGCCCAGAAGAUGAAGAAGGGCAGCUCUGGUUCCGGCUCCGGCUCCGGCUCCGGCUCCGGCUCUGGCUCACCUCACCGAACCUCUACUUCUGACCUCGUAGAGGUUCCUGAAGAAGCGGCGGGGCCAGCGGGCGGGUGUGACCCCCGGCGACGCAGCAACAGCGUGUUUACAUAUCCAGAAAACGGCAUGGAGGAUUUCAGAGACCAAGCAAAGAACAUCAGCCUCCAGGGACUUCCUUCCAAAGACCCAUUACAGAUGAACACCUAUGUUGCCUUGUACAAAUUUGUACCACAGGAGAAUGAAGAUUUGGAAAUGAGGCCAGGGGACAUUAUUACUCUUCUGGAGGACACCAAUGAAGACUGGUGGAAAGGGAAAAUUCAAGACAGAAUUGGCUUCUUUCCAGCCAACUUUGUUCAGAGAGUACAACAAAAUGAGAAGAUUUUUAGAUGUGUUAGAACCUUCAUUGGGUGUAAGGAACAGGGGCAGAUAACACUGAAGGAGAACCAGAUCUGCAUGACUUCUGAAGAGGAACAAGAUGGCUUUAUCAGAGUCCUCAGUGGAAAGAAGAGAGGCCUUGUUCCCCUGGAUGUCCUAGAAAAUGCCUGACUGCUGGCCCCUCUCCUCUUGCAGCACGGAAGCUCUGCUGCGAGCCUCAUGCGUGGACCCGGAGACGCUGCUGCACUGACCCUGCCCCCCAGGAAACAGGGAGGCAAGAAUCGGGGCCCACAGAGGGCCCAUCGCAAGCACACCCAGGCUGCCCGAGGUGGGGAGGAGGCUGAGCCGUGGCAGAGCCAUAACCACAGCUGUCCCCAAAACCCCAGCUCCCUCCCAGUCCAUGUGGUGUAAGUGAACCCGCUGGAGUGUGUUCCAGCUUGUAGUGUGGCCCCAGGGCCAGGCUGGGAUCGGUGCAGCCGACGUGACUCUGGCUCCAGAGCUUUGUCCCCAGGACUGAGCAAUCAGCACCAUCACCUGUGAGACCCCAAGCAGGCUCCCUGCAGAAAUCAGGAAACCCUGCUCCCUAGCCGGCAACAUUCCACUGCCCUCCUCGGCCUGCCUUGGCGAUUGCGCUGUCUCUUCUGUCCUCUGGGUCAGCCUGCAGUGCGCACCAGAUGGGAGGGCUGAGCUGACAUGGUACCACCUGCUUAGAUCUGAUCUGCCCAGGUGGCUGCCAGGCCCUGCCUCCUGCAGGGAGGAGAACAGGAUGGGAGGCUUAGAUAUGCAGGGCAAAGAGGGAGGAAGGUGGGGCAAACAGCCCUCACUUGUUGAAACUAUGCAGCCCUUUCAGUUAUGAAGUCCUUUCCUGAAGGAGGUGGAGCUGGAGAAGUGGAUGGGCAAAAAGUCUCCAUAAUGAUCUCUGUUGUCAUUUCACAUCCUCUGGCGUGGGGACAGCCUUCUUCCCUGAUACCAUUCCCUAGGUCUCCCUUUGGAGGUUGAGCCCACAUUGCACAGAACCAGAAACAUGGAGGAGAACCAACAGCACCUUAGGAGAAAAGUAGCCAAAUCAGAGUCCAUUCUCCUUUCGGGCAGCCUGUUCUACCCUAGCAGACGUACAAUGGAAACGGAUCUUUCAUGCUUCAUCCCCUGAAAGUGGGGGAUCUGGGCCUAUUUAGCAACAACUAGGGGAGCCUCUCUUACUUUGUACUUGUACUAAUGUUUACAAGAACACAAUAUACUGUGAUACUUCCCUCCUCAAGCCUCCUCCUGGCCUUCCAACUUGCAUCUUAUUAGUCAGUCAUUAAAUGGUUAAACUCCAAUUCACAAUGACCUUGAAAUCAAGGUCAGUUUGAUUUAUUUUGCUGCAGAGCAAUAAAAUCACUAGAACAGUUGGUUUCCAAAAGACUUGAGCAGAUGCAUCUUGUGCACCAAGGCAUUAUUUCCCAAACCAAAGCAUCAUUAUUCUCCAUUUAUUUCUUUUGUUGCUGCUCAGUGUGAAGUUGGGAGCCGAGAUGGGGCAGCCGCUGGUUUCACAAUAGUUUGGGUAUCUUACCCUCAUUUUACAGCCAGCAUUCAAAAAUGCCUCCAUGUCUAAUAUGACAUGCCAAACUGAGUGUCCAGUGUCCAGGUGGAUUCUCUGAGAGCCAGGGGCAGACCCUAUGACUGUCGUUUCUAUAACAUGGAAAUGCCGGUGUACAAACACUCCUUGCCUCUAUUUCAGUAUUCCAUUGAAUAAAGACAGCGCAGUGGCUGGAAGGAGCAUAGAAAACAUGUUUCCUGACCUUUUCUUUCUGGUGGAAUAACCACGGAAGCUUUUUGGCACAGUGGUGCCACAUCCUGUGUAGAUUUCAUUUGCAUUAAAAAAUCAGUUUGUCUUUUGACGUUGAAUAGGAGGCUGCUAUAGCCAGUCCCCACAGUGGCCCCACCCAGGGAUUCUUGCCUCCUGACAUCCUGCCCUUUGUAGUCCAGUCCCACACUGAUCAGGGAUGCUCUUACGUGACCAAGAGAAUUCAGCAGGUGCAAUAGCUCACAACAUCCGAGGCGAGGGUAAAAAGCCCUUGCAGCUCUGCCUUGAUCUCUUGGUGUGCUCACCUGAGGACCUUGAGCCCUACGUAGGUUUAUCAACUCUGAGGUCACCAUGCAGAGGAGGUUCAAGGGAAUGACCACACAUUGCUGCAGCUGAGAUCCCCAAUAUCACAGAGGUGCAGCAAUUGUCCCUGCAGAGCCCCACCCAAGUCAUAGAUUUAGGAGCAAUGUAAACGUGGUUUGGGUUUUAUUAAGUCACUAAGGUUUUGGAUGAUGUGUUAUACAGAAAUAGAUCACUGGAAUAGGGGGCUUUAUAAUUUAAGCCAAUGUUAGAAAGGGAAAAAAAGUACUCUUUCCAUAGAAAAAGGCCCCAAAUUUUUUGCAGUUAUCAAGUAUUGGCAGACAAUUAACCUCCAAAUGCAAGGUAUCUAGUGUUCCUUAAAGAUCUGGAGCCAUUCAGGCAUCAGAGAAAGGCAGGUGUUCCUCAUUAACACAGAUUCCAACAGAUGCUCACACACACACAGAUUUUAGGAGCCAUAACACUUCUUCCCCUCCCGCCUGUCUGCACAAAUGGUAAGAACAUGGAUAGAGCUAUGACCGACCACAAUCUUAAAGGAUCUCAAGACUCAAGAAAUGGGUGGAGGAAGGGCCACACUUUCAGAAUGGGAAUGAGAUGAAGGCCUCAGGAAACACUCUGGGUUGGGGACAGGAACAGAGAGGAAAGUGUUAAGAUGGAAAACGGGGUCUUCUUUAUAGCAGAGGGGACAGCCCCACACCCCCAUGCCCUGCCCCACCACCACCAGUGCUGCAGGAUGGAGUAUGUGAUGGUGGAUUUGAAGGGAAGAACUGAGUGUAAUUUCCUCAGGGUCCAGAAGGUAGGGAACAGAGCUCAUUUCACCCCACCACUAGCAGACAGAGAGGACCUUUAGUGUGGGCAGGGGCGCUGCAGGAGCGCAUGUGCAGACGUCCAGCUGACUACCAGUAUGGGCUGGUUCCAUAGACUGCUUUUCCUCCCCAAUUCUGCACACCAAACACAUACACAAACACACUCCCAUCAAGGGCAAGAGUCUAGCACCUGGGUUACAUAUGAAAGCAAAUAGUGGGGCUGUACAUGGUAGUUUUUCUGAGUUUGUCCUCUUUGCUAUUAAAGGGAGAGAAAUAAAAUCAGUGGGAUGAUCACAUUACAUGUAAAUAGGCAGGUGCCAAGUUGUCAAAAGGCAAAAACACACCACACAAGUCCAAAACCUGGUGCAAGUCACUGGCUGCUCCAAGGAGAAGAGAGCCAGAGAGGAAACCUACCAGUCAGCCCCAGCCCAGAGACAGGCCCAGGCAUCUAUGAAAAAAGCAUUGUGUGCUCAAGCAGAGGCUUAGAUUUAAAUAAAAUAAACUAGAUUUCUUUGCUUAAGACUUCCCAGAGCUUUUAAUUUGCUGAUUUUCAUGGUGAAUCUAUAAAAGGGCAUUUAGAACUGUGCAACACCUACUAGCAUCAACUAGAACAAGGAACAUCAUUUGGGGAAUGCUGGGGUAGGGAAUUCUCAUAAUAUUCAUGCACCUAACAGCCCUGCUCUUCCCCCAUCUCAGAAGAUACCUAUAAAUUUCUGAAGAUGACAGACACACAAUCCUAGUAAAAAUCAAGGCUUAAAGACAAUCUGUUCUGUAGGGAGUAAGAUAAAGUGGGAUCUGUGUCCCUGCAGGGUGAAAAACUAAGGUAGAGAGCAGCUUUAUUGUACUCUGAUAGCUUUAACACACACCAGACAGCCAGGCAGAAGCUUGUUUAAAUAUGGGAAUAAAAGAAAGUUUAACAUUGCCCAAAAUAGCAUUCCCAGGAAACUGAGUGAGCAGGUGUGUUCCACAGAUUUAUCAAAACACAAAAACCCUUUCUAACAACUCUGACAAAAACAUUAAAACUACUUUAAUAACAUCCUUUAACAGUCUCUUAAAUUCUGCUCAGUUGCCUUUCUGUUGUGUGUUUGGCACAACACCUGGUGUUACUGACCCUUAGAACAUACUUUUUCUUAGCUUCCAAUAAAGAUAUUUAAAUAGUCCUCAAUUAGUAAUAGAAACUUUUAACUGUAUCCUGAAAUAUAAACAAGACAAUGGCAAUUUAUCUUACAGUUCCUUUUUAAAAAUAAGAAAGUGGCAGAUUUUUUUAUCAUCUCAUCAUCAAGUUCAAAUAGCUAUUGAACAUCUUCCAUGUCUUCAUGGAAGGCAGGAUGUAUUGAAGUCCUGAAAGAUACCCUGGGAAAGUACAAUCCCUAUUUCCAAGAAAAGUGGUGGAGCAUCCUUAAAUUUCCUCCACUCGCUUCAUUUACUCAGGUUCCUAGGUUACUUACCUGACCCCCAUCUUUUUCUAUGCAUGACAAUAUUUUCCUUUGUCUAGCUUCUCCUUUUAAAACACCUUCUUGAAAAUUAUGUGCUUAGUUCACCUAACUCUUUAUUAGGGUAAAAAAAUAAUUCAAGGUUAUGACUUCUCCUCUGAGUUCAGCUUUGACCCUAUUAAAGUGCUCCUAUUUUCAUUCAUUUCUGAGUACUCUGUAAUCACAGGUUCGAUUUUUCCCUUAGAUUUUUUAUUUGUGUGUGUGUGUGUGUGUGUGUGUGUGUGUGUGUGUGUGUGUGUGUGUGUGUGUAUGAUUAAACAAUUGUGCAUAGUGGCCAGAAAAUAUGUUCCACAUGGUUUCUGCUUUGAGGAAUCAAUUGGCAUUUUAUUUUGUGCUCUAAUAUAUGAGUAAUCUUUAUAAUCGUUCAGUGGAUGCUGGCAUAUAUAAAGUUCAAAAUGUAUCUACUAAAUAAACACUUAAAGUA